AUGGGUACUAUCAUUCUCUUCACAGGUUUGUUCCUGCUGCUGAACGUACAGCUGGGCUUUGCCUAUAAGCUGGUAUGCUAUUUUACCAAUUGGUCCCAGUAUCGACCAGAACCUGUAAAGUACAUGCCAGGGAACAUUGACCCGCAGCUCUGCACGCACCUCAUAUACGCCUUCGCCACCAUGAGCAACAACAAGAUUGCACCUUAUGAAUGGAAUGACGAUGUGUUGUACAGUCAGUACAACGCCUUGAAAUCACAGAAUCCAAAAUUGGUUACAUUGUUGGCAAUUGGUGGGUGGAAUUUUGGGACAGAGAAGUUCACAGUGAUGGUGUCAACUGCUGCCAAUCGCAAAACAUUUAUUGAUUCUGUUAUUGCAUAUCUCCGGCUAUACGACUUUGAUGGCAUUGACCUAGACUUUGAAUAUCCUGGAUCGCGAGGUAGUCCAGCAGAGGAUAAACAACGAUUUACCACCCUUACACAGGAGUUGCUUAAAGCUUUCGAAGAUGAAGCAGCAGCUACAAAUCGUCCACGUCUCCUAGUAACUGCAGCUGUGUCCGCAGGAAAGGGAACCAUUGAUGCUGGAUAUGAAAUUGCAGAGAUUGGAAAGACCCUGGAUUUUAUCAGUGUUAUGACCUACGAUUUCCAUGGUGGGUGGGAUUCCGUUACUGGCCACAACAGCCCUCUGUGUUUGGGUUCAAAGGACUAUGGCGACUUUAAAUACUUCCACAUUGCGUAUGCUAUGAAUUACUGGAAAGAUAAUGGCGUUCCUGCAGAAAAACUCUUGGUUGGAUUUCCAACGUAUGGCAGAACAUUCAGAAUCUCAAGUUCCACCUGUGAGAUAGGAAUGACUGCGUCUGGAGCGGGAUCUGCUGGACAAUAUACCCGCGAGGCAGGAUUCUGGGCCUACUAUGAGAUCUGCACCUGGCUGAAUGGAGCAUCAAGCAAGUGGGAUGAGGAACAGAAGGUGUUUUAUGCCUGCAAAGGCAAUGAGUGGGUUGGAUAUGAUAACAAACAGAGUUACGAGUGUAAAGUAAAGUUCUUAAAGGACGGUGGAUUUGGGGGAGCCAUGGUGUGGGCCAUUGACCUGGAUGAUUUCCUGGGAACAUUUUGCAAUGAAGGAAAAUACCCAUUGAUCAGCCACCUGAAAUCCUUGCUAGAAGGUUCAGUCACCAAAUGCCCUGGAGAACCAUGUGGAGGAGAUGUGACCAACCCUCCCCCAGUUACGACCCCUCCAGUUGAAACCACACCGCCCCCAGUUACGAACCCUCCAGAUGUAACUGAUACACCACCUGUGACCACCCCAUCAACCACUGAAAUUGACCCCAACUUCUGUGCUAGUAAAAAUGAUGGUUUUUAUGUAAAUCCUGUAAACCCCAACAGGUUUUAUCAGUGUGCUUCUGGCCAGACCUAUGCCUCCCAAUGUCCAGCUGGAACAGUAUUCGAUGACAGUUGUAAAUGUUGCAAUUGGCCCUGAGCACUCUUUUCAAUAAA